GAAGGUUUCGUAUUUUAAACGGAUUUCUCGGUUUUUCUGCUCGGUUGUCCCCGAGUCCCCGGAACAUUCAUGGCGGCUUCGCAGUGAGGCUUUCUGGGGGACCGACUUCGAUCCUUCCCGCUGCGACCCGAUAGCAGCUCCUGGUUCUAGUAAUCGGGUCGGUUCGGCCGGGGGAACCGCAGAUGGUGUGUUUCCAGAACCUUUCAACAGCAUUCCAGGUCAUUUCAGACCGUUUCUGCGGUUUUCUGUUGCAAGAGGAUUAUCGGCUGCACAUGUCGGAACCAGCGGUUCUGCGGAGAUUAAACCACAGAAACGGUUUAAUCUCCGCAGUUUGGCCGCUUUCACUCCUAAUUUAGACAGAUUCCCGUGCGCCUUCCAGCGAAUGCUACGUGCUGACUCCUGCCGGAGGAGGAACGCCAUUACCGGGGCAGCUGCAGCCAGGCGGCCCGCUCAGUCCGCGGGGCCCCGGGCAGGCUCCUGAAGGGCGGCCCCUGAUGGCCCCCAGAGCUCGGUGGAGACCCGGACCCGUCAGCACAGCAGGUCCCGGUUCAACAGAAAACCCCACAUGGUUUCUCGAAACAGAACCAGAGCCGGUCCGGUUCAGAACGACACGGAGUGGAGUUCCCAGCUGCUGCUGCUGCUGCAUCAGCCAGACCGCUGCUGCUCAGUCCUGCCCCCUACCGGCCAGCCGAGGAGGAGGCAGCACCACCUCCUCCAGGAGUCCUGACCCGACCCAAAGGGAGGUUCUGGAGGGUUCUUUGGUGAAACUAUGCUCAUCUAAAAGUAGCGGCAGAGCCUCCGUCACGAUGAACGGCAGCAGCAGCAUCUCUGCGGCUCAGAGGAUCAAGGCUGAAACAGACGCGUGGAGCCAGGAGGACUGCCUGACGCUGCUGGAGCGGAUCCGCGGUCUGCUGCCCGACGGAGACGCCAUGAAGUACAAAACCACCGAGUCGCACUUCGACUGGGACAAGGUCGGCUUCGGCCGCUUCACCGGGGACAUGUGCCGCCAGAAGUGGCAGAAGGUCUCCUCCGAGGUCCGGAAGUACCGGACCAUGACGGAGCUCAUUGUGGACGCCAUUGAGUUUGUCAAGAACCCGUACAAAGGCAAGAAGCUGAAGACCCACCCGGACUUCCCCAAAAAGCCGCUGACUCCCUACUUCCGCUUCUUCAUGGAGAAACGGGCCAAAUACGCCAAGAUCCAUCCGGAGAUGAGCAACCUGGACCUCACCAAGAUCCUGUCCAAGAAGUACAAGGAGCUGCCAGAUAAGAAGAAGCAAAAGUACAUCACAGAGUUCCAGCGGGAGAAGGAGGAGUUUGAGAAGAACAUGGCCCGGUUCAGGGAGGAGCAUCCGGACCUGAUGGAGGAGAGGAAGAAGUCGGACCUGCCGGAGAAACCCAAGACGCCCCAGCAGCUGUGGUACAACCACGAGAAGAAGGCCUACAUGAAGCUGCACCCAGAGGUGAGUCAGAAGGAGCUGAAGGAGGCGCUGAGGAGGCAGUGGUCCCAGCUGUCCGACAAGCGCAGGCUGAAGUGGAUCAGCAAGGCGCUGGAGCUGCAGAAGGACUAUGAGGACAGCAUGAGGGCGUACCACGAGGCCCACCCAGACUCCAACUCAGAGGAACACGUCCGCUCUGUCCUCACCAAGGCCGAGAGACAGCUGAAGGACAAGUUCGAUGGACGGCCCACCAAGCCGCCGCCGAACGGUUACUCCCUGUACUGCGCUGAGCUGAUGGUCAACAUGAAGGACGUGCCGAGCACCGAGCGCAUGGUGCUGUGCAGCAAGCAGUGGAAGAUGCUGACCCAGAAGGAGAAGGACAUGUUCCAGAAGCGCUGCGAGCAGAAAAAGAAGCAGUACGACGUGGACCUGCAGCGCUUCCUGGAGAGCCUUCCUGAGGAGGAGCGGGACCGAGUCCUGACAGAGGAGAAAAUGGGCGGAGCCAAGCUGAAUGUGGGUGUGGUUCCCAGCCCUCUCAGAGCCAAGUCUCCAUCGGUCAAGGUGCCGCCAGAACCACAACCAGAACCAGAACCAGGUGGCUGACUGAGCCCAGCUUCUGUCUUGCUUCAGGAGCGCGGCCGGGAGGCGGAGCCAGAGGCGUGGCCAGCAGCCGCAGGCGGAGCCUCAGCGCCCAGAGAGCGACGGGACGCCAGGAAGACAGCGAAGCUUCCAGAGACGCCGAAAACCGCCGAGGAGACGUGGCAGCACAGCGUGACAGGAGAUUACCUGGCCAAGUACCGGAGUGACCGCAGGAAGGCGCAGGCGGCGAUGGAGGCGGCUUGGCGCUCCAUGGAGAAAAAGGAGAAAAUUCCCUGGAUCAAGAAAGCAGCAGAGGACCAGAAACGUUACGAGAGGGAGCUGUUGGAGAUGAGAGCGCCCCCUGUCGGCCAGAGAAAGCCCAAGUUCGAUGGGGAGCCGAAGAAGCCUCCAGUGAGCGGCUACCAGAUGUUCUCCCAGGAGCUGCUGACGAACGGAGAGCUGAACCACUUCAGUCUGAAGGAGCGCAUGGUGGAGAUCGGCAAGCGCUGGCAGAAGCUCAGCCAGGCGCAGAAGGACAAGUACAAGAAGCAGGUGGAGGAGCAGCAGGUGGAGUACAAGGCCCACCUGGAGGCCUGGGUCAAGUCGCUGUCCCCACAGGACCGCGCCGUCUACAAGGAGUUCUCCUCCUCGAAACGUCGCAGCAGCUCCUCCAAAGCCACCGCCAGCCCCGUGGCCAAGGUCCGGGUGACGGCGAAGGGGAAGGUGGGCGGAGCCAGGGCUGUGACCCCAGGGGUCACCGUGGGGAAGAGGGCCAUGGCAUAUCGCGCCAAGCAGGACAUGUCUGACUCCGAUGAGGAGGAGGAGAAGAGCGGUUCCUCAGACUCUGAUGAAGACGAUGAGACAUCAGGAAGUUCAGACAGCGAGGAUGAAGAUGAGAACGAUGACGAUGAAGAGGAGGAUGACGACCAAUCUUCCUCGGAGGAAUCCAGCGAGUUGGACUCAGAUUAGCCCUGCCCACUCAUUGAAGAGGACAGGCUGUGCAGGCCACGCCUCCUCCUCUGCCAGUCAUCCAAUGCGAGGCAGCGCUGUUGGAAGUGGGCGGAGCCUGUUACAAGCGUUUCAGUUUAUAUUUACUUGGUUUUUAUCUGACAGACAUUUCAGGAUGAUGGCUUCCUGUUUGUUCUUCUUGGUGGGCGGGGUUUGUACAUGAUGACAUGCAGGGGGCGGAGUCAGUGUUGGACCUCCAAUCAGCCGGAGGCCGAGAGAAACUCAAUAAAUGCACUUUUUCCAAACC